AUGCUAAUAAAGCUUUUUCGUUACCAGGAGCGCCUCGGCGGGGGCGGGCUGGGGCUCAGCGGCGGAGGGUUCCGCGGCGCACAGCCCUCGCUCGCCGACUUCCAGCCGCCGUACUUCCCGCCGCCCUUCGCGCCAUCCGCACACCCUGCCAGCCCACAUCACCAACAACAGAACCAUGGCAUGGAAUACAGCGGAGGUGGGGGCGGCGGUCCAGAGUAUGCCCAGCACUACGCCCCCCAACAGUUGUUACCUCGACACCAUGGCCACCAUGAGCCUCAUGCGCAUUUACGCCAUCAUCGUGACCACCAUGACGCCAUACAUUCACAUCAUUUAUCACACGGUGGUUUCAGUUACGGCGGCGACAGGCGCGCAGAGUACGGGGCGAGAGAACAACACGAGCUCGCGUUACAUCACGCGUUACAUUCAACAGAUGAAACACAGAAUGCAGCAAUGGACGACACGACUGGUUUCAUGACAGAUCUACCAUUAUUAAAAACAAUGAAAGGUCGGGACGGUCUAGGCGGUACGGGAACGUGUGCGCCAAACGACGUGUUCUGCUCAGUACCGGGGAGAUUGUCCCUCUUGUCGUCCACUAGCAAGUAUAAAGUAACUGUGGCAGAAGUGCAGAGAAGACUAUCACCGCCAGAAUGCUUGAAUGCUUCUUUAUUAGGAGGUGUAUUAAGGAGG